AUUUAAAAAAAAAAUCCCACAGAUUGAACAGGUAGAAUCUGCUGAUAUCAGAGCUCUGACAAUCAGUGAAGGACCUGCAGCUGUGAGGACACACCUGUGGAGAGGGAUUGUGUUAAUUGUGCAGGAGGAGGAGGAGGAGUUUCGUCCUCAGCGUUCAUUUCAUUUAUCAGAGCUGCAGAGAGAAGUGUCGGUGUGUUUUCAGCCAUGGGCUUCAGUCUGGUUCUUCUCUUUGGCUUUGUUGCUGCUGUGAGGCUUGGUGACGCCCGACACCUCAGUAGGAAAAUGCCAACCUACUGGGAUUUCGUGGCCCAGAAGCCUACCCCAGGAGCAGAGCCUGAGAGGAGGAACUCCAGGACUUCUGCUCAGCAGGUGGACACCUUCCAGAGUCAGCCCAGUACCAACGCGCUGACCUGGAGGUUUCCAGAACCUCCCGUGGAUCCAGUGAGCACUCCUUCUGGUGAAUUUGAAGUGCCGCGGCCUCAGGCGUCCAAACGUGUCGCUGUGAGAUGUGGAGAGAACCGAGUUCAGGUGGAGCUGAAACAGGACCUGCUCGGUAUCGGCAAACCCAUCAGACCAGAGGAGAUCACUCUCGGUGGUUGUUCACCCACCGAAGUUGAUGACUGGUCCCACGUGAUCGCCUUUGAGUCGGAGCUGCACGGCUGUGGCAGCAGACUGUUGAUGACAAAACAUACCUUCGUUUAUGUUUUCACUCUGGUCUACGACCCCAUCGUGCUGGACAACAGUGGCAUCACCAGAAGUCAGAGGACUGUGGUCGCAGUGGAGUGUCAUUAUCCCAGGUGGUUCCAGGAUCUGCAUCAGUCAAAAGAGAGCUUCAGGUCAAUGUGAGAGCGAGAGAGAGAGAGGGAAGAAAGAAAAAGAAAAUUGUGUUUAAUGUGAAAUCCCAAUAAAAUAUUUUUAACUUGCUAAAAAAUGCUAAUGUGAGUAUAAAAUUAUUCUGUAUGAAGUUAACAUCACACUGACUGUCAUUAUCGCCUUUUCUAAAAAAAAAAAAAAA